AAAACAGGCUGGUUUGGUCAAAGUGUCACUCCCUGAAGCUGAAAUAUCUGGACAAAGGAGACUGUGAGCAGGACUGUCAUCACCUAGCUUCAGAGAGCACCCCCUCUCUGUGACGCUCAGUUCCUGGCCGACCUUCAGCCAUGAAGAUUCUUUACCUGCUCUUUGCUGUUGUCUUCUUGGUGCUCAUGGAUGCCCCAGGUUUCUCCCAUGCUCUGGUGACCCAAAAAGGGUGUAGACGCCUUGGGGGUGAAUGUAACUUUUGGCGAUGUCCCACCAAUACUAUAUACCUUGACAAAUGCUUUUUUGGCCAUUGCUGUCGAAGUGGGAAAUUUGUUGCUGGUGAUACCCCACAGGCUCGGAGGCCCUCUGAGGAGGUUUUCUCAUUGACUGUCUAGGCAGGAUCUCUGGGAAUCUGGCACACAGCCAGUUACUUCCAAAAUCAUCAGACCCUGCUUCAAUGGAACCCUGACGUGCU